GCUCAGCUGCUGUCUGUGGGAAGCAGCAGCAGCAGCAUCCUCCUCCUCAUCCUCCUGCUCCUCCUCCGGCCGAUGAUGGAGAAGGAAACACGGAUGGAGCUGCAGUAGAAACCCAGGAGGAUGCUUUGAGACACACCGCCUUGUUCAGCCCGCGACCCCGGCCGUGGAGGAUUUUCUUCCCCGAUGGGUUGUGGAGGAAGUCGGGCGGACGCUAUCAUCGAGCCGAGGUACCAUGAGAGCUGGACCAGAGAAACGGAAUCGACGUGGCUUACAAACACGGACGUAGAGACCUCUCUGCCUGUGCCAAACAGUAAAGCCCUGGAGGCCAAUCUAAGGGAGAAGAGGAUGGUGAACACAGGCACCCAGUGUGGGAAGCAGGCCCUCACGUCCACUGGCUCCAACCACCAGAGGAGACCGAGGAGGUCCCUGAGUGAUCAGUCCACUUGUGAAACCAAAAGGAGAGCUUCAAAGGAGGCCAGCGCUUUGUCAAAGGAUGGGCAGCCUGCCAGCAUCAGCAGCAGUGGAGAGGCUGAAUCUGGAAGCACUUGUGAUGAAAGAUGAAGAUGAACCAGGAAUCUGGGAACUAGAGGAAGGUGGAUGGAGCUGCAGGCAGGAUCACCAGGAAAGAGGGAACAGUAGUUUUAAAGAGAGAAGAUGUUCGUGGCGUGACUGUCAGCUCAGCGAUUUCCAACAUAAGCACCUGCACAUGUCUCCAUCCAAAGAUCUUGGGAUGCUGCAUCUUUAUUGUGCCAUUGCAAAUGCAUGUGUGAGGCAAGAGAGCAGAGCCCUUAAAGAGUGCUCCCGCUCUCCACCAUGCUUUUCUGCCAUGCUUACGGUGCCGGUCAGGGAAUGCAUCACUGUGUUGAGCUAAUUUAAAGAGAAAACAAGAACAGACCAGUCUCAUAUGCACAUGAUAAUCACAAUCUGCACAUCCAAUGCUGUCUGUGUGAGGCCUUCCUGAGAGGUCUGCUUUAGUUCUUUGUGCAAAUAUAUUCCUUUUGUUGUGGAUGAAAACUAAAGUGUGAGAGCUGAUGAUGAUGCUGUUGAAGCUCAGUCAAUGCUGUAAGUGAUUUCUCAUUUUAAAGACCCUGAAGUGCUGUUUAGAGGCUCAGAUUUGGAGUUUUUAAGCUCGAGGGCUGAAGAUUAAAAGACAAACACACCCGCAUGUGCCUACAGUUAGUUAUGAUUUCCACUGCUUCUGUUUUUAUUUAUGAACUUAUGAUGUCUCCAGCUCUUUUGUUAUAUGAUAUCAGAUGUGUUACUUGUGUUGCUUACAUUGAUCUGCAUGCAUCAAUCAAACUGAAGUUAAUUCAGCCUUCUCUUUGCCCGAACCUCUGCAAAAACAAGCCCUGUGAUGUAAAACCUUUAGGCUUUUCAGGACAUGGAAGUAGAAUACUCCAGGUGGUGAGAUUUGGCCAGCAGAGGGCGUAGUUGACCAGUGUGGAUCUUCUUAUAAAUUGCUGACCUCAGGAGAAUUGCUAAUGGUACCAGAACCCACAUUUAGAGAACCACUUAAAGGAUGUUUAGUUAUGCUGGAGGCAAAUGAAAAGGCGUUCUGUUGGUAAUGUGUUGUGUAUGAAUUCAGAGUCUGACCUCACAUUUUCUGUUCGAUAACUGUUUAUGUCUGAGUCUUACUGAGGCGAUGGCUUUGAAAUGUUU